AUGUCUGGAAUUUGUGCAUCUGGAAAAGAAAUUUAUAAAGACAAAAUAGCUAUGAUAAUUGAUAGUGCAUGUAAUAUUUUUAAUUGGAAAAAAUUAAACGAAAAACAGAUAAUAGCAGUUUGGACCAUAGUAAUUAUACCAAGAAUUAAAUAUCAAUUAGCAGCUAUAGUUUUAAACAAAAUGGAAUGUAUAAGUAUAAUGGCAAGAUUAAACGUGAUAAUUAAAAAGAGAGCUGGCUUGAUGAAAACAACACCAAAUUUUGUUUUAUAUGAGAAAGAAAUCUAUGGAGAAAAUAAGAAUAUCAUGUUUUUAGAAAAUAUUCUGGAAGCAGACAGAAUGACACUUAUAAAAUGGAAACACCUAUGUAAAGAAAAAGGUAUUAAAAAUGAAUAUAUUAGACAAGCAGAAAAAAAUAAAAUUCAUAUAAAAUAUUUUGACGAAAAUGAAAAACCAAUUAGGAAUAAAAAUGAAAAUAGUAGAAUAAUAGAAAGAAGAAAAGAAGAAGAUGCAAUUAAACCUUUUGAAAUGUUAAAUAAUAUAAUGUUAAAAAAUGAAUGGUUAAAUAAAUAUAACCAAUUUAUAAAAAAUAAUAAUAUAGAUAUAAUUGAUGAAAAUGACCGAGAAUAUAGAGAAAUAUUAGAUCUAAAAAAGAAAAUGAGAAAAUUAUUGAACGAUAAAAAAAUUUCACAAAUGAUAGAACAUCAUUUUGAAUUAGUUGAAUCAGCACUUUUAACUAAUGAUUAUAAUUUGAUUUGGAAGAAAUGGAUUAUAACAGAAGGUUUUUGGCAAUGGUCAAUGGAGAAAGAAAAUCACAGAUGCGAUAUGGAAAAAUGA